AUGGGUUUUAAUGGGUUGUUAUUGAUCCAACAAGGACUGUUUCGAAAAGUUGAGAUUGGGGCAUUCGGAACAUACCCAGAAAGAUAUAAACCUCCAGAUGAGCCUAUUUCUGAGUAUCAAACCAUCCCUUUAAACAAGAUUGAAGACUUUGGUGUACAUUGCAAACAGUAUUAUUCAUUGGGCAUCACGUAUUUCAAAUCAUCACUUGACUGCCACCUUUUGGAUCUGCUAUGGAAUAAGUACUGGGUGAAUACUCUUUCCUCAUCGCCUUUACUGGGGAAUAAAGACUAUGUUGCCGGACAAAUUUCUGAUCUAGGUAUGUCUAAAGCUAUUCUUGAGAGAUAUGGAGGUUCUACAUUUCUCCUGAAUUACUUAAAUAGUUACUUAAAAAGCCCCAGGAAUCUAUGA